AUGGCGAGUCACAGCACUUCUACUACCCUGCCAACUAACAGCAGCGCGACCAUCGCCGCACCGGACGGAGGGACGUCAGAGUCCCUCGCCGCUGCUCUCUUCUCAUUGGACGACCUCCCUUCGCCGCUCGCAUCGCUGCAUGCCACUCUCCCGCCGCCGCCGGCUGCGCCGGUUUCUCAGAGUCCUCUCCCCGACUCGGAGCAUAAAGGCCGGUUCGGCUGGUCCCCAAUCGGCCCCCGCGGCUUUCCCGAGGAGGGAUUUGCGCUACACGCCGAACCUCGCUCCGAACCGCUAAACGAGCCUCUUGCCAAGCCUCAGAUGACCGCUGUGGGCGGCGAGGAGGUGGCUGGUGAAGCGGCCGCGGAAGUUGGGCUGGGAGUGCUGACAGGGCUGACAGGGCCAGCUUCUGAAGCUGCUGCUGCUGCUGCUAUGAUGCGAGGAGCGGCGGGCGGGGAGGUGCAGCUAGAGCGCAUGUUGGAGCAAGAGAAUGAGCACUUCACACUGAUGAACUCCGCGGCCGUUAUUCCCGUCCCCAACGAGCGAGUCCCGGCGCCUGCAGCUCGCACACCGCCGCUGCAAGUGGCUGCAGCAGCAGCCAAGGCAAGGAGAGAGGAGGUGUCUCUUGAGGCGACUCAGAAGUCAGUAGCAGUAGCAGCUGCAGUCGCAGCAGCAGCUGUAGCAGCAGCAGCCGCAGAGGCAAGGAGGGAGGAGGCGAGGAGAGAGCAGGCGGUGCUGUCAAGCCGUGUGAUGGCGACUCUACAGAUGGGAGCAGGCAGCGAGGCCGAGAGGCGGCAGCUGUUAGCUCUCCUGCUGGCGCUGAAGCAGGUGGAGGAGCAGCAGGCGCAGGAAGCGCAGCAACAGAGGCAGCAGAAGCCGAGGCAGAACGCACGGAAGCGGCAGAGGCGGCAGAGGGCGAUGGGAGGUCAAGGGUUGUCAGGAAACCCUCAGUCGCCGCAAGUGCAGCAACAGGAGAAGCAGCAGCAGCAGCAGCCUGAGCAGCAGGAGCAGGAAGGAAGGAAUGUGGAGCACCGGCUCUUAGCUAGCUCGCCUUUUCUCGCGGGAGCAAGUCCUGACCUCCACGAUGUAGGUGUAAUGGGACGCAUGGACGGGCGGGGAGGGGAGAGGAGCGGCGGCGGUGGCAGCAGUGGUGGUGGCAGCGGUAUCGCCAGUGGUAUUGGCAAUGGUGUUCGGACUGACCCGGAUUUUUCACUGCGUGGUGUUGGGAAUGAAGUCUAUUUUUCACUGCGUGGUGUUGACAAGAGCCUCACCAGUGCUCUAAGUAAUGAGAUUCGUCUUAACGCAAUGCGUGGCAUCAACAGUGGCGUUUUCAGCGGUGGAGCUGCUGUGAACGUUGGGACAACGAAUGCUGGCAACGUUGGGAGGAAGAGAAGAAGCCCUGACGCCCUGGAUGACGGCGCUACAGCCGCUCCCCAGUGGCAACACGGCAUGCAGACCCCCGCCGGCUGCUACAGCCGCAGCGUGCUUGACCAUGCGAACCAGAGUGGUGUGCUGGAUGGCAUGCUCUUAAAGGAUGCAGACUCAGCUCCGGUGGGGGCAGCGGCAGUGGGGGCAGCACCGGCACACCCUACUUUGUCUCCUCUUCACGGCAGCAUGGCGGUGGCAGCAGGGCAGCACAUGCACCUCCUGCUCCAGCAGCAGCGGCUGCAGCAGCAACAGCCACUGCAGCAGCAGCAGCAGCAGCAGCAGAGGUGUGAGCAAGCGUCACAGCCUCUGUCACCGGAGGCCAGAAAUCAGCGCUCUCGAGGCAGCGCAGGCUCGGCGGGCACAGGCACGGCCGGUGAAGGCUCGGCGCGCUCAGGCUCGGCAGGCACCGGCAUGGGUGGUGCAGGCUCGGCUGGCGGUCCGGCAACCAGCAGCAGUGGGCAAGAGGGUGGGGAAGAAGGCACAGAAGUCAUGCGAGAGGGCAUGCGAGAUGGCAUGCGAGGCAUGGAGGAAAUGGAUGGCAUGGGUCAGUGGCAGUCUGAUGAAGACUUAGGGGAAGCGGUACCUGCAAGACGAAUGGGGCAACAGGCUGAGUGGGGCUCAGAUGCCCUGGAUAAUCCCAAGGGCCGAGAGCGCGGCACCAUGCAAGACGAGUGUGGUACGGACGACGAGUGGUUGCCUCGGUGCCAGGGCGUAAGGACAGGUUCAGUGCCGAACAAGAGGAUCAAGAGCAGGAGCAUGGCGGAGCGGCGGAGGAGGGAGAGGAUCAGUGAGGGGCUGCAGAGGCUGAGGGCGAAGGUGCGGGGGCGAGGGGACACAUGCGCAAUGCUGGAUAGAGCAGUGGGGUAUGUAGAUGCAUUGGAGCGACGGGUGGUGGAGUUAGAGAGGGUUGUGAUGGUAGCUGCUGGAUCUGGGAGAAACGUUUUCCCCGGCAAUGCAUUUGCCGGUGGUUUUGCUGGUCGUGGUUUUGCCGGUAACGUUUCUGCUAAUAAUGCCACGGCGCUGACGACGAUACCGACUUCGAUGACAUCGGUCCCGACUGGCCUUGGGGGUGACGCGGUUGCCAGGUGGCCUUGGGAGUGA